UUUUACACAUUGCCGUGUGGACGAUCUGUUCAGUUUAUUGUAUUCUUAUGAGUUGUUAGUUAUUUAUAGACGGCAUCGAAGGAAAAUCUUGCAAUUUUGGAGCGUUUUAAACCAUGUUGAUGUUUGCAUAACGAUAUAUACGAUGGUUACCUUUUGAACUAUCAUCGAUUCCUACUAUUGAGCUCUGAUACAAGCUAUAGUCAGAGCAUCGUAAUCAUUCCGAAAGCUGAUGUGUGACAACAUAAAUGGGGCACUAAUCCAUUCAAACUGUUAUCCACACCAUAAAACGAGCACCUCACCUCCUUUUCAUUCGAAACAUCUGAUAAGCAUGUAGAAAACAAAAACACAAAACAUCGAUAGCAGAAAAAGUGCUUCGAUUAAUCACAUUAAAACCUACGUUUUUAACUCAAUUAAUGAUGAAAAAAGUAGUCAUCCUCAAGUCGGAGAGUGACAACAGUGAAGCCUACCCGGCGCUUCUGCGGAAACACGGCUUCGAGCCCAUCUUUGUGCCAACGUUGGAUUUUUCUUUCAAGAACCUAGACAUCCUUCGGGACCGUCUCCUAUCACCGUACAAGUAUUCCGGCCUAAUAUUCACCAGUCCGAGGGCCAUAACGGCCGUUCGGGACGCCCUGGAUGGGAACCGCCUGAAGGACGACUGGAAACCGCUGGAGAAUUACUCCGUUGGUGAAACCAGUUCCGACCUUAUCCAGCGCACACUUGAACUGGACACCAAAGGGCAACACUCCGGAAAUGCUAGCAAUUUGGCGGAUUUCAUCAAAACGGAUCUUUACAACAAAACAGUGACACUUCCGUUUCUGUUUCCUUGCGGGAAUCUCAAACAGGACGUGCUCCAGAACAAACUGUCCGAGUAUGGAUACUCGUUGGAUUGCGUCGAAGUGUACGAAACGGUGCCCCAUCGGGAUCUGGAACGGAAUCUGGUGGAACUGUUCCGUGAAGGUGCGGAGCAGCCGGGGUAUUUGCUAUUCUUCAGCCCUUCCGGAAUAAAUUACUGCGCCAGUGUUUUUGAGAGACACAAGCUGGAUAUCGGUGGCUGUCGGAUUGUGGCCAUCGGACCGAGCACCAAGAAAGCCAUCGAGAACAAGGGCUAUGCGGUGCAUCGAACGGCGGAGAAACCUUCGCCCGAGUAUGUCGUUAGUGCUUUACUAGAUACCUAACCGAAUGUUGAUUAGUUUGUAGAAAAGUGGGUUUGGGGGGGAAAAUAAAUUAUUCGAUACAGUUCUAAACCUCAGUGUUGUCAAGUCAAAUUACUCGGACUGGUGAACAGAAAAAAAUCGAAAAAUGAUUGUCGAUAUGGUAGUUCUAGAAUACUUGCAGAAGCGGAACAAAUCCAUUGAUGUCACUCAGUUACUAGCCGUCUAUGGUUAACCAGCCUAGAACUACAAGUUGUUACGCAUAAAAGAUAUUGAAAGAAUAAUCAUUGUUGAAAAUAGUGAACUAAUGAAAUGUGAUUUGUUUUAACAACUACCUACAUCUACUCAGCGUUGGGUUUUUCAAAUUUUAAAUUGUGAUUCUGAUAGCGAGUGUUCAACUAUAAGCUUGAUUUUGUGCUAAGUCAAUCGCAUUAUAUUCAAAUGCAGAAAGAUUUUUUAUACUUUUAGACGUAGUUUCAUAUAGUUGUUCUAGUUUAUAUUUCCUGAAUAUUGACCCGAUAAAUAGUACGUAAGUUGUUAUGCCAUGAAAUAAAUAAUAUAAACAAAGUGUUGAUUAGA